GACCUGGGAGGGGGGAGGGGCCCGGGACCCCCUCCCCAAACCUCGGGGUCUCUCCAGGGUUGGGGUUUAUUGCACAAAGGGGGGGUGGGACCCCCCUGGAAUCCCCAAAUCCCCCAAAGCCGAGUCCUCGGGGGUCCCCUCUGUCACCCCAGUGUCCCCUGGAGGGGACCCUCAUUGGUGUCCCCAGGGUGUCCCCAGGGUGUCCCCCCCGAUGACACGGGCCAGCCCCGGGUGCAGCAAUGUCCAGCAGGUCCAUCCUGGACAUCCCAGUGUCCAGCAGGUCCAUCCUGGACAUCCCAGUGUCCAUCCUGAGCAUCCCAAUGUCCAUCCUGGACAUCCCAGCGUCCAUCCUGGACAUCCCAAUGUCCAUCAGAUCCAUCCUGGACAUCCCAGCGUCCAUCCUGGACAUCCCAAUGUCCAUCAGGUCCAUCCUGGACAUCCCAGUGUCCAUCCUGGGCAUCCCAGCGUCCAUCCUGGACAUCCCAGUGUCCAUCCUGGACAUCCCAAUGUCCAUCAGAUCCAUCCUGGACAUUCCAGUGUCCAUCCUGGACAUCCCAGCGUCCAUCCUGGACAUCCCAGUGUCCAUCCUGGACAUCCCAGCGUCCAUCCUGGACAUCCCAGUGUCCAUCCUGGACAUCCCAAUGUCCAUCAGGUCCAUCCUGGACAUCCCAGUGUCCAUCCUGGGCAUCCCAGCGUCCAUCCUGGACAUCCCAGUGUCCAUCAGAUCCAUCCUGGACAUCCCAGUGUCCAUCCUGGACAUCCCAGCGUCCAUCCUGGACAUCCCAGCAUCCAUCCUGGACAUCCCAAUGUCCAUCAGGUCCCCUCCAGUGUCCAUCCCACUGUCCAGCCGCAGUGUCCGUGUGUCCGGCCGCUGUGUCCUCCAGGACCCGCCCCAGCACAAAUAUCCCUGAAAUCCUGGGGUUUGUACCCCAAAAAACCUGUCCUGAAACCCCAGGACAGCUACUCCAAAAUCCCCAGAUUUGUCCCCAAAAUGCCCCAAGAUAGUGGGGAUGACACCGGGAACCCCAAAUAUGGGGACGGAUCAUUCCCCCGCAAGUUCCCACUCCCAUUUCCCCCUCAGUUUUCUUCCCCUUCUCCCCUCACGAUUCCCGCUCUUUUCUCCCCUCACGUUUCCCGCUCUUUCCUCCCCUCACGAUUCCCGCUCUUUUCUCCCCUCACGAUUCCCGCUCUUUUCUCCCCUCACGAUUCCCGCUCUUUUCUCCCCUCACGAUUCCCGCUCUUUUCUCCCCUCACGUUUCCCGCCCUUUUCUCCCCUCAGGUUUCCAGCUCUUUUCUCCCCUCACGAUUCCCGCUCUUUUCUCCCCUCACGAUUUCCGCUCUUUUCUCCCCUCACGAUUCCCGUUCCCUCCCCAUCCCGAGGCUCCAGCGCGGUUCUCACCGCCCCGCUCCCCAGCAGCCCGAUGACCCUCGCCCACCUCUCGGCCGUCUCCU